AUGGGUCGCCUUCUCUCUAAUCCAGUACCACACAGCACUCGGACUUUGUACCACUUGCGCUAUCGGGUCACUGUUGUAUUCUGCAUACUUGCGCUGUUCCGGCAACAACAGCUGUACCUGUCUAGUAGACAAGCACUCUUCGAGAAGUACUCCGCAACCAACUUCAACUCAUACAACGAAGAAGACCUACAAGCUCGAUCUUGGCCGCCUGAUGACGAGCAAACCAACUUUCAAGAUGAGCUAGUAGCGAAUCGAGCGUCUUGGAAGGUGCUUGGUGAAGGUUGGGAAGGCAAGGUAUUCGCCUAUGAAGAGUGGGUUAUCAAGACAUUCACGCCAGGGCGAAGUCCGUUCCGGAAUUGCGCGCCAGACGCGUCUAAAUGGCCUACGGAGAUACCCGCAUCACUCCAAUUUGGAGGUUCAGUUGAUGACUACGGAAAUGCGACACAUAACGGCUUCCUUCCUGUGAAGGCACAUUUCAGGGCUUCCACGGCGCCUGGUGAGCUGGCAGAAUGGCACCUUGUUACUCCUCUGUUGAGGGGCGGUAAUCUUGCCUCGCUCUCCAAGAAGCUUUCCUUGGACGAACAACCAAUGUCUUACGAGCAGAUUGAUGCAAUCUAUCGACCGGCCUUCAACGAAUUACUCAAAGACAUGGGCAUCCUUCACGAUGCAGGCUACUGCCACGACGAUGUCAAGCCUGGGAACGUGUUCAUCCAAGACGAGUCACAUUGGGUGAUAGGGGACUUGGGCAACGUACGAGAGGUAGGACACCCCUAUCAUUCGUCGCGCAUUUGGAGAGACAAUGGCCAGCUAGAAGAUUGCCGUGCGAACGAUGUGGUACGAGCUUUGCAGUCGUACCUGAAGUUUGUUCAGUGUUCUGCUGCUGACGAGGAUGGUUUCAACGCAGCCUUGUACGAAGGCCAGACACCCUUGAGCAGACUCUUUUGGUGGAUGCUUGCGGAUGCGCCGUACAUGAGUACAGAGAAACUUGGUCAACAAUCUCUUGCAGAGUACCCCGAAGCAGCGUACAAGCUUGAGACUGGUGACAGAUAUCCCAAACCGACUCGGCCUUAUACUUUUCUGAGCUUGUUCUCCAAGCGUCGAGCUCUGAAGAGGGCGGUCGAUCUGGCACUUAGUACACGGAUUGGCGAAAAGCGCGCAAGGCUGUGGGGUAUGGUUUGGCUGUUCGGUUUACCCGAGUCAGACGUCUGUUGA